UAACUUGCAUGCGUGGUGUCGCCUCUAACACAAUAUCAAGACCAAGACUUCCUCUUCCACGAGAGAAGCAAGAUGUCUCAACAGCCGGCGAAUGUGGCAACUUUGUUUGCCGAUUUGCAUAAAUUUGGGCAAAACCAGGAUUAUGAGAAAGCACUUAAGACUGCAAACAAAAUUCUCCAAGAACUUCCAGAUGAUGUCACUGCGUUCCACUGCAAAAUUGUAUGCCUGGUUCACCUCGGGGAAUUUGAAGACGCUCUCAAGAAAAUAACAUCCAGUAAACAUCAGGGAGAACUCGUCUUUGAGAAAGCCUAUUGCCAGUACCGUUUAAACAAGACCAGUGAUGCUCUGGUAACACUGAGGGAGAUUGAAGAUCCAGACGUCAGGGUUCAGGAGUUGAUGGCACAAGUGCUGUACAGAUUGGAGAAUUAUGAGGAAUGUUACUCACUGUACAAGAAUUUGGUUAAGAAUUCAGAGGAUGACUUUGAGCAAGAACGGUACACCAAUUUCUCAGCAGUUAUGGCUGCAUUGCAGAUAUCAGGAACACAAGAUGUGGAAGACCUUGGACUGGAAGAAGAUAGUUAUGAACUUUUGUACAACAGUGCUUGUCUCCAUUUAGCCAAAGGAUUGUACAAAAAGGCAGAGGAUAAGCUCAGGAAGGCAGAAGAAAUGUGUAGACAGACUUUUUCUGAGGAUGCUGAUGCUACUGAGGAAGAGCUAGAAGAUGAAUUAGCUAUCAUAAGGGUGCAGCUAGGGUUUGCAUUACAGAUGCAAGGAAGAACAGAGGAAGCCUUGAAGCUUUACAACCUGGUUGUAAAACAAAAACCCUCUGAUGCUGCCUUGACUGCUGUAGCAUCAAACAAUGUUGUCAGUCUCAACAAGGACCAGAAUGUAUUUGAUUCCAAAAAGAAGAUGAAAACUGCUACAUCAGAAGGAGUACAACAGAAGCUUACUUCAGCUCAAAAACAAGCUAUCCAGCUGAACCAGUGCUUGCUUCUCAUGUAUACCAACCAGGGUGAGCAGUGCCGUAAGAGUGCUAAAGCUCUUCAAGCCAUGCACCCAGAGAGUGACAAACCUAGUCUGAUCAUAGCAGCUCAGUGUGUCAAGGAUAAGCAGAUCCCCAAAGCUGUAGAGGCUUUACAGGAGCAUGUGUCCAGCCAUCCAGAGCAGUCUGUGAGUAUCAAGUUGACCCUGGCCCAGCUGAACCUUCUCCAGGGGAUGGUCUACCCAGCCUGUGAGAACCUCAGGGCACUGGGAGAACACAGCUUCAGACCAGGAGUGGUCUCUGCUUUGGUCAGCUUGUACUUGAAAGAAGAAGACAGAGCCUCAGCCUCAGAGGUGCUGAACCAGGCUGUUGAUUGGUGGAAGAAAAAUAAUCCAAACUCCGAAGAGACUGCUACUUUGAUGACAUCCAAUGCCAACUUCCAGCUGCGAUAUGGCAGUGCAGAAAUGGCUGCUAAAUUGUUGGAAGAGCUAAGAAAACAAAAACCGAAGGACAGCAAGAUAUUAGCCCAGCUUAUCAGUGCUUACUCUAAGUUUAACCCUGCCAAAGCACAGGAACUUAGCAAAUCCCUACCCUCAGCAUCGGAGAUUGCCCAGGAAUUGGAUGUAGAAGCUUUGGAAAAGUCCAUCAAUGUCAUGGGACCUAAGUACAUUAAAAAGUCGACCAAGGUGGAGUCGCCUAGACCUGGCACUGACGAUGAGUUGCUUCAGAAGAAAAGAAAGAAAAAACACAAGAAGGGUAAACUGCCUAAGAACUAUGAUCCUGGUAGUGAUCCUGAUCCUGAAAGAUGGCUGCCCAAGAAAGAGCGGUCUUACUACAGAGGCAAAAGAAAGGACAAAAGAAAAGAGAUUGGCCGUGGAGCUCAGGGUGCAACUUCAGGUGGUGCUGACCUAGAUGCCAGUAAGCCUAGUGGUGAAAGCUCAGCCUCCCCUGCGGCUGGGUCUGCCCCUAGUCCCGUAGCUCCUGGACCCAGGCAGCAGAAACCACAGUCUGGGAACAAGCAGAAGAAGAAAAAGAAGGGAAGCAAGUGGUAAACUCACACCUGGCAAGAAUGUAAAACUACAAACUGCUUUGGAUAUACGUACAAAGUAUGGAGGCAAAAAUAUUGUUUGAAAAGUCUAAUGGAAUUAUUGAUGCAUUCUGACAUAUUUGUUUAUGGUGGUGAUGAGGUCAUUGUGAUCAGAAUGUUGUCAGAGACUCGACUUUCUUACUGAGUGAAUUUUCUACGAUUAUAUAAUAUAUUCCAGACAAAUUAGAUGAAU